AUGAACGUCGACCCUGCUCGAUUAGCAUGUUGGAGCCUUGUCGUGUCGGGGGAAGCCCUGCACAUUGCAGGGCUUCUGGCUGAUCCCUCGUCAGUAGAUGCUGCUGCAACUGCUAUGUGUGCUCUGCAGACGCAACGGUUUUUCUCUAUGCUUGAUUUGGCAAAAUUGGAAGAACCUGAGAAAGCCGAAGCAAAAAGUGCAUUGCUUGAUUGGCUUUCUGUAGAUGAUCCUAGCGGAAGUCAGGAGUUUUUGCGAGAUAUACUGCAAUCACGAACCAGUUUCGCUCAUCAGCUGUCGAAGGCUCAUGACGCUGCGACGUCUACGUUGGUACAAUGGGGUCGAAGCCGGCAAGCAGCGCAUAUAGGUUAUAAGAUGGCACAAUGGCUGAGAAGGACUGGUAAAGAAGAAGCUGCUGUUCCUUUGGAACUGCGUUUCAUUUCUUCUUUGCUGGAGAGCGGCAUGAAGUCACAGGCUGUGGUAGAUGUUAUGAAGCGUGUUGUACCUCAUCUGAAGGAUGAUAUUGACUUUGAACGAAUGCUUUCAUUUCGACUGUUUAUGGCUGUUCAUGAGAGCGACGAAAUGGAGCGGAAGAAGAUUGCGGAAGAUCUUAUCAAGCAGAUUAGCAGGAGGAAACUUGGAGAGAAAAUUAGGUAAGC